ACGGCAGAGGUGCAGUGCUCGGAUAGGUAGACGUCUGUUGAUUGACAGUCUCGCUCGGACUCGGUAGUAGAUUCAGUGUGCUGUGGCUUUGGCGCUGUCCACACGAGAGCAGGUUCUGAAACGCGCCGUGCGCUCGUGCAGUGUUUGCGCGGUUAAGACGGAGGCUCGACCACUGCUUCUCGCCGCCGGAGCGCUCACACUGAAAGAAGAACACCGUUCGGCGGACGGCAGCUUGGGCGAAAAAGACAAAUUAUACCACCGUAUCAUCCAUCUGAGACUUUACUUGGAUUUUUACGCACUUCCCGACUGCUUCAAAACUUGACAAAGCCUUUUUCCUUCGUUUCUUGGACAUUUUCCUCAAGUUCAAAUGCUUCGCACAAUGGCUAUUUUUUAUUUUAUAUUCAACUUCGGAAAACGUGUUAAUUCGGGGUUCACAUCAUGUACUUUUUAAUUUCACCUGUACGUAUGUCUUUUGUUUGGGGACCAUCGUGCAGUCGGAGUUGCAUAUUUCACUUUUCAAAAAAGAGACGCGCUUUGAGCAAUUAAAAUAUAAAGAUGCAAGCAAAUCGAGCUUAUGUGAAGAUACGCUGAACAUGAAGUAAAUGUUUUGGUUUCUCAGAAACCUCACCAGGAUUUUACAGAUCCCUGGCAGAGACGCGCUCUGACAGCGCGAACCUCGGUCACAGUUCACGGGUCACGGUCAGUGGAGCUAGGAUGUCAAGAUAGAGCUUGGGAACGAGACUUCUACAUUUUUUAUCUAAAGCUUAAGAAGACUGAUCGGAAUAAUAUUAAAAUUCCUACAUAUCCAGGACUUUUUUUUCUUUUUGAUUAAUCUUCUCUGAUGUCUGAGUUAGUUGAGAUUGGAUGUAGGGCCGCAAAAGCAAUUGUGUGACCCUAAAGGGUUGUGCCCAGGCCGCCUAUUUACAUUGUUUGUUGGCUAAUUAAUGAUGGAUAAGAUCACAAAUUAUUUAUGAAUUUUCUUUUUUCUUUCCACCUGGAAAAUCAAGAAAACUUUUUACAUAAUUCCUUCAACUGAUGACCUUAGGCCUUAAGGUUCAUUUUUUAUUUGUUUACCAAAGUUUCUUUGGACUCCCAAACAGUUAAAACUGUUUAAAAGAAACAAGGACAGACUGACUACAAACGCACAACCCUUUAAAAGAACAAGUACAGGACAAUAAAGACUUUUUUGUGUUUUUUCUUCUUCGCGAGAAGGCCUGUUUUAAAACACGAUGGAAAUCCACUGCAAACACGACCCUUUCGCAGCAAUGCACAGGCAUGGAGGGGUGAAUCAGCUGGGUGGGGUGUUUGUAAAUGGGCGGCCGUUGCCUGAUGUGGUGAGGCAGAGGAUAGUAGAGCUGGCCCAUCAGGGUGUUCGCCCGUGUGACAUCUCUCGCCAGCUCCGGGUCAGUCACGGUUGCGUCAGCAAGAUACUGGGCAGGUAUUAUGAGACAGGCAGCAUCAGGCCAGGGGUAAUCGGAGGAUCCAAACCAAAGGUUGCUACACCAAAAGUCGUUGACAAAAUUGCUGAUUACAAACGCCAAAACCCCACCAUGUUUGCCUGGGAGAUCCGAGACAGACUGCUGGCAGAGAGAGUGUGUGACAAUGACAGUGUGCCCAGCGUCAGCUCAAUCAACAGAAUUAUUCGCACUAAAGUCCAGCAACCACCUGGCCAAUCAGGAGCCGUUUCUGCGCAUAAUUUAGCCUCUACCGUGGCAGUGACGCAGGUUUCUGCAGUAACCAGUGAUGCCGCAGGCUCCUCCUACUCCAUCAGUGGAAUUUUGGGCAUUAGUUCACCUGCCGAUGCCAGCAAGCGGAAGAGGGAUGACCCUCUCCAGGAUUCUCCAUUGGCGAAUGGCCACAGCCACUCGGGACGGGACUUCCUGCGGAAGCAGAUGCGAGGAGAACUCUUCACACCACAGCAGCUCGAGGUAUUGGACCAUGUCUUUGACCGACAGCCCUUUCCUGACAUUUACCCCAUCCCAGACAGCAUCAGCUACAAGCCCUCCCAGACAACAGAUUAUUCGGCUAUGGCAUCUCUGGCUGGCGGAUUGGAGGAGAUGAAGAACAGCUUAGCCAAUCAGACAGGGGCAGAGUUGGGAUCCACAGUCGCAGGACCUCAGUCGUAUCCACUCGUAUCCGGUCGUGACCUGGCCAGCACAACACUCCCAGGAUACCCUCCUCAUGUCCCUCCGACGGGACAAGGCAGUUACUCCACACCCUCCCUCACUGGAAUGGUACCUGGUGGAGAUUUCUCUGGCAGUCCUUAUUCCCAUCCACAGUAUUCAACAUACAAUGAGUCUUGGAGAUUUGCAAACCCAAGUCUAUUAGUGUUUCAGCAGGAGUACGGUUCAUUACUAGGCUCAGAGAGAGCAGCGUCAUCGGGACUAUUUCCUGGUCAAACCCCACAACCCACAGGAUCUCCAUAUUACUAUAGCGCAGCCACACGAGGAGCAGGAACGGCUGCCACCGCAACUGCCAGUGCUUACGAUCGUCACUGACCACGGACAGAGACGUGGAGGAGUGGGAGGCACGAAAUAAACAAAGAGGAACAAAGAAAAGGGUUUGAUAGCACCCACACAAGACUGCCUGCGUAUGGAAGAAAAGAAGAGGAAAAAAUCAGAAAGAAAGAAGAGGUGACAAUGUUUUCCUGCCAAUUACAAUCAAUGGUCCAAUCAGUAGCUUCAUCUGAUGUGUCUAAUUUCUGUUCAUUAGUGGAAAGCAAACCCCCAUUCACCUGUAUCCCUGUGGUCUCAGCUCACACUAAAUCUGUUUAUGCUUUGAUUUAUCUUCUGUCAUUAAAGCCUUGCUUAUCCUAU